AGUCCGAGACGGAGCAUCAUGGCGAUUGACGGAGGGGGCAGAAACUGCGGUGUUCAUGAGCUCAUCUGUGCCAGACGAGUCUCUCCUGAACUUCUGGGUGUCCUGUCUUCCAUUGCAGCCUUCAUGGCGUUGAUGGCUCUGUUUUUUCUUUACCUCAGCAACAAGCUGUCAGUGGGGAGUCCCGACGAUCUGUCACAUCUCAGUGGCUAUAAGGACACAGAGCCAGAGGGAGUUGUAUCAGACAGCGAGGAGGACAGAGGCCCAAAGGGUACGGCCCAGCAGGACACAACCUCUCUGUGGAGCAGCAAACGCAAACAGUCCGCUGAGCAGGGGGGAUACAGCAGUGAGGCCUCCAGCGAACGAGCCAACAGCAUCCAGAGGAUAAAGAAAGAUUCCUCCCUCGUUGAGCUUCAGCCUCCUCCGUACCAGGACAAGGGCUCGGCGGCCUGCGUGUCCUCUCGCUCCCGGUCCGAGCGAGUGGUCCGGAGGGGGUCGUCCUCGCAGCGCUGCGACAGCCCCCGCUGCUCCAGUGAGGCCAGCGUGGACCAGGACACCGAGAGCUACCUCAACAAAGGCUGUGAGGAGGACAUACCCAGUGACAGCACCGCUGUCCUGGGACCAGAGGAUGGCUCUGGUCCUCAGCUGCCCACAGCCUACGAGCCAGAGCCCCUCGCCAAAUACGGCACGCUGGACGUGGCCUUCGAGUACGACUCCAGUGAGCAGUGGUUGGCCGUCACGGUCACUGCGGCAACAGACAUCCCUGCCCUCAAACAGACAGGAAACAUCUCGUGGCAGGUCCACCUGGUCCUGCUGCCUACCAAGAAGCAACGGGCCAAGACCGGCAUACAGAAGGGCCCGUGCCCUGUCUUCACGGAAACAUUCAAGUUUUCAAGAGUGGAACAGGAGGCUCUGGGGGACUACGCUGUUCGCUUCCGCCUGUACAGCAUCAGGCGGAUGAAAAGAGAAAAGGUCCUGGGAGAGAAGGUGUUCUACCUGACUAAGCUCAACCUGCAGGGCAAGAUCGCUCUACCUGUCACCCUGGAACCGGGCUCUGAACUUGCAGGUUGUGGCUCUCUGGUGAGCGUGUCUCGCAGCGCAGGAGCUCUGUCCUACCGCUCAGCUGAAGAUUCGUCCUUUCCGGAGAUCCUCCUGGGUCUCAUCUACAACUCCGCCACAGGGCGGUUAUCUGCCGAGGUCAUCCAGGGGAGCCACUUCAAAACCACCGCGUCCGAUAAAGCCGUCAAUGGUCUGUUUUGUUGUAUAAAACACUUCGUAGGGGGACAGCUUUAUAUAAUGAGAGACACCUAUGUGAAGUUGACCAUGCUGGACUCCAAGGGGAAGGAGAUGUCCAAGUGUAAGACGGCUGUGUGCCGCGGACAGCCCAACCCCACCUACAAGGAGACGUUUGUGUUCCAGGUGGCGCUCUUCCAGCUGUCCGAGGUGUCUCUGGUGGUGUCGGUGUUCUGCCGCCGUAGCAGCAUGAGGUCCAGGGAGAGGCUGGGCUGGGUCUCCCUGGGCCUCAACAGCACCAGCGAGGAGCAGCAGGCCCACUGGACAGAGAUGAAAGAGGCGGAGGGACAGCAGGUCUGCCACUGGCACACGCUCACCGACACCUAGGACGAAGACUUGUAAAGACGGAAGUUACUUUGACAGCAUUCCCUGGACAGUCAGAGUUUUAGGCGGAACAGGAAUCACCUUGUGAGAUGCGUGGCGGUGUGUGUUUGUGUGUGCUGCAUACAGGUGUGAGGACGGGCAUGGGUUCCCCCGUCUUCACUGCCAGAGACUGCAUGAAUCCCCCUUUAACCUGCCACUUGUGUCUGAGGCAGACACACUGACUGUAUCGGUGGAGGUGUAAAUUCCAGCUCCGGCCUUUUUAUUACAGACAGCAAAAGCCACGGGCAGACUGAAAAUGAAUGACAUUAUAAUGACUGAACUAACCAAGAACAAAAAGGUCACUGCUUGUUCUCCAGUGACUCUGGCUACAGCAAAAUCUGCAUGUACACUAACUGUUUACAGGACAAUGUUAAGCCACUUCCAAGGUCCAGGACUAGCGGACUCCUCCGCGUUUCUUCCGGGCUUCUCUGGACUUCAGCCUGCCACCAGCAUACCGGACAUUUCUCUAUCAAUCGUGGACUUUGACAAAAGAGAAUGCAAUGAAAAGACUGUUACUAAAGGCCUACAACAUGCUGCAACUAUGCUUACAAGCUAUGCUUUGUACAGUUUGUUUACAUGCACAGGACAUUAUGCAAGAUCCAUUCGUCGGUUUCCGUGUUAUGUUUUGGGAUUAUCAGUCAAAUGGUUUACCAGUUUUAUGGGGUAUGUGUUACAUAAAGACACUUUUUUUUUUUAAAAUUCUGGUCUUAGCUCGGUACACUAUGCAUCUGACGCCACUUUAAACGAAAGGAAUGAAACUCUGUCUUGUGCUGGCUGAGUCUCUUGAAGAAUUGGAUACAGCUCUGCAUGCCGCCGGUAUCAAAGAGCAGCUCCCUUUCCUGUGUGAUACAGAUUUUACCAUUCAGCCUUCUGACAACUCAGCCAUGUUCAUUCAUGUAGAAACAAGGUGCCUCCCGCUGAGGAAGAAUAUGCAAAAGCCUGCGCAGUCCAGGAAACCUGGCUGUCUCCUCUGAGACAGAGCCGACGACUGCCUCGGCUGUGAGCUGAGGGGGAGGGGUAAAAACAAAAUUGCUUCUAUAUCAUAUGUUCUCAUCACAGGUGAAGAGACAUUGUAUUAUUAAAUGAAAAAAACAUUGUCCAGAACUUGUGGGAAAUCUAG